UGUGUGUGAAACUGAAGCUGCAUUGAAUAUGAAAACCUGUAAAUCCAGUCAUUUGGAUUCAGGCGUAGAAUCAGACAUGCAGUGCAGAAGUGGACCAAGCUGUGUUGUGAAGUGCAGUUCGGAAAGGAUGGAGAAUGCUGCAAAGAGAAGACUGGCUGCCAAUGCCAGGGAGAGAAGACGGAUGCAAGGACUAAACACAGCCUUUGAUCGUUUGAGAAAGGUGGUUCCACAGUGGGGUCAAGAUAAGAAGCUGUCCAAGUAUGAGACCCUUCAGAUGGCUUUGAGUUAUAUCAUGGCUCUCACUAGAAUACUUGCUGAAGCAGAAAGAUACAGUACUGAAAGAGAAUGGAUUAGCCUUCACUGUGAGCACUUUCAUCCGGAGAGCUACCACCAUUACACGGGACAAAAAACGGCAACGGACAGUGAUCCUUAUGCACAGCGACUAUUGAGCUAUCAUCCUGAACACUUUCAAAUAGCUAAUUAGAACGAACUGUA